AUGGUUUCCAAGAAAAAGCCCAAGAAGGCUUUAGAUUUGAGUGACGAAUUGGGAUGUGGUGAACGUACCGCCGACUUUACCGUCAAACUGUAUGAUUACGCCGAGCUUCAAAGCGGAAUUCUGGAAGCUGACAUCCAGUUCGAGACAGAUCUCAAAUACCUUCUAACAUCGUCAGAAGCCAACAAAGUCAAGUUGAACAAACUGGCAAAAAAGAAAGCAGCAAACGCAAUCCACGAUAAAGAACCAAAAAGCCGUAUAAAAAGAAGAACUCUUCGUACAAAGUUGGAAGAGAUCACUCAAGACAUGAAGGAGAUUGUGCUUUCCAGUGAUGAAGAGGAGGAAGUUGUUGAUACUCCAAGUAAACCCAAGUCUAAGCGGGGGAAACUGAAAUCCAAGGAACUGACGCCGAAUGAAGCCACUGUAAAGACAGCAGAUACGGUAUCUUUAGACCCAGAAGACGCGACUGAGUCUUCCAAGGCUUCACCUUUCGGAAAAGGCCACGAAGCUGUAUCGACUGGUGAUUCGGAAGUCACUGACGAACAGAAACCACAGAAGAAAGCAAAGAAAAAGAAGCUGAAGAAGCAGAAAUCAAUUGAGCCAGAAGAUUCAGGCGAAGCGGGAGAAGCAGGCCAACAAGAGAAACCCAAAGAUCACCUGGAAACUCCCCCACCAGUGAGACAACGCCAGCAAACGGCACCAAAGAAGAUCUCGCCAGCUCAGAUUUCAUCCACGAUUCUCCCAGAGAAGGAGCCUGUAAGUACUAUCAUUGGUCUCACGCCAGAGCAUAUUUUAAAGAUGAGAACCAACGACGUCAAGUUCAAAACCAUCUUGACCGUUCCUGGUAUGCUGAAAAUGUGCCGUAAUGUCCUCAACUUUGUCAUCAAAGAAAGCGAAGGCAUUUUGGAGGAUGCAUCUACACGAAGCAUGUUUGUUGAGCUCUGUGUCUCGGUAGCGAUGCGUGAAGCCAAUGGGUUCCACGACACGAGCAGAAAGUACCCUGAACUUUUACAGAAGCUUUCCCAGGCCAAGGAGCUCACGCUUGAACAUACCAAAACCACAUACACGGAGUCCAACAGGCAGGCACACAAGAAUGACUUCGAUUAUUCCGUCUUUUCAUAUAUCGGCCACCUUGUCAUCUGGGCGUCGCAUCUUCAGUGGAAAGCUGGAAAGUCUGGAAUAGUGGAAGAGUACGGAUAUACCAAAAACGAUGUCGUUGCAUCUAUGGGAGGAUGGCAUUUAUGGGAUAGAAUCAGGCGUGAUCCCAAGACCAUCAACAUGAAGCGGUGGAAGCAUAUUCAAAAGUUCCGUCAGAACUACGCUUUUGAGGAGCACCAAUUUAUCGUGAUUCUUCGGUUCAUGCAUCUUGGCACGGGUCUUUAUUAG